AUGUCCGGUGUACCAAAAAGGCGCCUCGCGGCGUUGUCGAAACAACUUGCGGAAGGAAUACCUUCCGAGGGCACAUUUGAGGAGAUCCCUCGCAUUAGACACGUCGCAGACAGCUCAGCAGGGCCGAGAGUCAAGGGAAAGGUUGUCAUCGUUACUGGAUGCAACUCUCCGAUCGGCAUCGGUCGAGCGUCUGCGCACCAAUACGCCCAGAACGGCGCGAAGGCGGUCUAUAUUUGCGACUAUGAUGACAAGUACUUGGAGAUGCACAAGAGGGAAAUGGCGUCCUUGUACCCCGAGUGCGAGGUCCACUGCGUGAAAGUGGACGUCGGGGAGGAAUCCCAGGUCAAAGCCGUGGUCGAUCAAUGCCUGGCAAAAUACGGCAGACUGGACAUCAUGUUUGCAAACGCAGGCAUCUCGGGUGUCCCCAAUACCUUCGAACAUAUCUCGAGCACGGCAUACAUGAGGACAAUGAGGGUCAACGCACUCGGUGUAUUUCUGUGUUUCAAGUAUGCCGCCAUUGCGAUGCAGAAGACAAGCCCCGAGAAGAAAUACCCCGGAGGAAGCAUCAUUGGCACGGCGUCGGUGGCUGGCCUCCGGUCAAAUGCUGGGGGGACGGAUUACUCGGCCAGCAAAGCUGCCGUGGUGUCAAUGGCGCAGACCAUGUCCUAUCAGUUAAGUGGGACAGGUGUAAGAGUCAAUGCCAUCUGCCCAGGUGUGAUCGAGACCGGCAUGACCAAACCCAUGUAUGAUGCAGCACGGAACCGGGGCACUGAGAAGAAGAUCGGCCAGUUGAAUCCGCUGCAGAGAGGCGCGGUGGCCGACGAGGUCGCCAGAGUCGCCUUGUUCUUGGGGAGCGACGAGGCUAGCUACGUCAAUGGCCAGGCCUGGGCUGUAUGCGGAGGUCUGAGUGCUGGACAUCCGUUCGUCCCAGGCAAGCUAGGGUGA